AAACCAAAAGACAGACAACUGCAGCUUUCUUCUUUGUGUGAGGGAGACUCUGUGUGUGUGUGUGUGUGUGUGUGUGUGAGAGAGAGAGAGAGAGAGAGAGAGAGAGAGAGAGAGAGAGAGAGAGAGAUGGAGAAGAUAUGCGUAGCAGUGAGAGUGAGACCGCCUGUGAGCGAAGAAACCUCGAAUGGAACAUUCUGGAAGAUCGAAGAUAAUCGUCGCAUUUCUCUUCACAGGUCCCUGAGCACUCCCAUCUCUGGAGCUUCUUACGCUUUCGAUUAUGUGUUUGAUCAGGACUGCAGAAAUGAAACGGUUUACGAGCUCCUUACAAAGGAGAUCAUUCAUGCCGCCGUUGAGGGUUUCAAUGGGACUGCAUUUGCAUAUGGGCAAACCAGCAGUGGCAAGACUUUUACGAUGAAUGGUUCCGAAAGUGACCCAGGAAUUAUUCACCGGGCAGUGAAAGAUAUAUUUACCAAAAUUCAGAUGACAAAUGACCGGGAGUUUCUGAUUCGAGUUUCCUACAUGGAAAUAUAUAAUGAAGAAAUCAACGAUCUUUUUGCUGUGGAGAACCAGAAACUUCAAAUUCAUGAGAGUUUAGAGCGUGGAAUUUUUGUUGCAGGCCUUAGGGAAGAAAUAGUUAAUAGUGCUGAACAAGUCCUUAAGCUCAUCCAAUCCGGAGAAGUUAACCGACACUUUGGUGAGACAAACAUGAAUGUUCGAAGUAGUAGAUCUCACACAAUAUUUAGGAUGGUAAUUGAAAGCAAGGGAAAGGAUACCAGUCUUGGUGAUUAUUCAAGUUCAGAUGAUGCAAUUCGUGUUUCAGUAUUGAACUUGGUAGAUUUAGCUGGUUCUGAACGGAUUGCUAAAACUGGUGCUGGCGGAGUUCGUUUGAAGGAAGGGAAACACAUCAAUAAGAGCUUAAUGAUUCUUGGCAAUGUGAUCAACAAACUAAGUGAAGGUGCAAAACAAAGGGGACACAUUCCUUAUCGGGAUAGUAAACUCACUCGCAUACUUCAACCUGCUCUUGGUGGCAAUGCCAAAACAUCUAUUAUUUGCACUGUUGCACCAGAAGAGGUUCACAUAGAGGAAACAAAAGGAACCCUCCAGUUUGCUAGCAGGGCCAAAAGAAUAACAAAUUGUGUUCAAGUGAAUGAGAUUUUGACAGAUGCUGCUUUAUUGAAGCGCCAAAAACUAGAGAUAGAGGAGUUACGCAGUAAACUUCAGGGGUCUAGGGCCGAGGUGUUGGAACAAGAAAUCUUGAAAUUGCGGAAUGACAUGCUCAAGUAUGAGCUAGAGCAUGAGAAGCUUGCCAUGGAACUGGAGGAGGAGAGGAAAUCACACAAAGAACGAGAUCAAUGCAUUAAGGAGCAACAAAUGAAACUUGACAAUUUCAGUAGUCUUGUCACCUUGUCGGACUCUGAUAGAAAGUCUAGCCAGGGCCAGGAAUUUUCAAAACAGAGCCUCAAGGAUGAUGGCAGUGAUGGUCAUAGCAUAUUCAAGGAAGAUGCUUUUAGUACCCCAUGCUUUAAGGCAGUUCCUAAUGCCUUCGUCAUGAAAAGGUCAAAUUAUUGUCAGCAACCCGAGUAUAGUCCUCUUCCGGAUACAUUUAGUAAUGUUGCUGAUGAAGACACCUGGUUGAAAAUGAACAAAGGCUAUAAAGUAGACCUUGAUUCACUUCACAUGACUCCUGCAAGGAAAGUUCAAUCCUUCCCUGACGGCGACAUCACUCCAGGUUGCUCAAUUGGGAAUUACAAGCAAGAGAUACAAAAUCUCAAGAGACUAUUGGAAAUUGAAAGAAACGAAAAAGAUGAACUCAAGAGAAAUCAUGCUGAACAAAAACUGCUGAAUGAAUGUUUAAUGGGGGAGAUAUCUGAAAUUCAACAAGAGGCACAGCUAGUUCAAGAAAUUCCAAGACAACUGCUCGAGUCUGUAGCAAAUUGUAAAGAUAUGUAUAGUGAUGUUUUGUGGACUUUGCAGAGUUUUGUGACUGAUGAGAAAUCUUCAGCCUCAAAGUUACUCUCUAGCACAAGUGAGAUCGGUACAAGUCUGUUCUCAACUUUGGAAACUCACUUCUCCAUGGCUAUAGAAAGCCAAAGAACCUCCACAGGAAAUAAUAUUCUCGUUGAAGAACAAAGUAAAAUGCUUUGUGAGAGAGUGAACAGCACAAUUAAGUCCUUGGUACUAUCAGAAUCACCAAAGAAUGAGGAUAAAUUGUCGAGAAGUCUACUAUGCAACUGGGACUAUAAGGACUGCACUUUGGGAGAAGAAAUUGCUUGUAAGCAGGAGAAGCUGAGUAAGGAUCUCAGUAAAAUCACGGAAAAGUACCGGAGCUUGGAGAAAGAGUUGAAUGUCAAUACUCAUCUUCUCGCGCUUUCCAAGGAAAGAUAUCAUACCUUGGAAAGGGAAUUCCAUCUUUUGAAUGAAGAACGUGACACUUUGCUCCAAACAGUCUCCAGUUCAUCAAAAAGCCUAGCACAGGUUAGUGAAGAAAAGGAUAGAAUUUGGCAGGAUUUGAACUCUGAAGUGCAGAGAAGAAAACAUCUUGAAGAAGAGAUGAAGCAGUUUGGCAUUGCUUUCGCACGUCGCCAGAAAUCACUCGUGUCUCUCCAAAGUGAGUUCAAAUCCAAAUUUGAGAAAUUGAAAUCACAAAAUCCAAUUUCAAUACCCAAAUCUCUUGGGUAUUGAUUAGAAUAGUUGUACUCUAUGUAAUGAAAUCCAGUAACUUAUUUGACAUUACUUUUUUUUUUUACUCCCUUUGGGAACCGAAAUACUAGGGAUAUGCUAAUCCUCAUUGCCAUGUAUUUAUGUUGACUUACUUUUUUACUCAAUCAUAGACUUAAUUCUUGACA